UUAUUAUUAUUAAAAAUUUUUUUUUCAGAUUAAUCACUUAAGAUCAAUAUCAAGUAUAAAAAUUCCCACCCCAGACUUAGACACAUCAUACAUAUGUGACCCAAAAAACCGUCUAUCAAUAGCCAAUAACAUAUCCCACCGAAAAGGAGUCGGAGAUAUUGACAAAGUUUUAAAAUUAUCCUCUGAUCCAUCAAAACGAAAUGAAUUCCUAAAAGAAUUAUCAAAAAUUCCCAACAGAACUGACCCGCGAGUACUAGAGUACGGUGACCAGGGUAAGAUUUUGAAAGAAACCAGCACCAGGUCUUAUGAUUUCAAGCCCAAGAGUUUUAUGGACCUGGUGAAGAACCUAAAGUUGAUCAGGAUUGAGAACUUGGGGCCAGUGUCUGGCCCCAAAAGUUACAUUUUAUUGGGCGACCUUGCCGAGAUGGAAGAAGCGCUGGUUCAGUAUUCGGUGAGGAAGCUGCUGAAACAAGGGUUCAGGUUGGUCAGUGUCCCUGACAUUUUACCUACGACGGUGAUUGAAAGGUGUGGAAUGGUGAUGGAUGGAGAACACCAUCUUAUUUACACCCUUGAUAAAGCUUAUGGAGAUGUUUGUCUCUCGGGAACGGCUGAAAUGGCGCUGGCGAUGAAGAUGAUGAACAAGGUGAUAGAUGGGGAUAGCUUGCCGGUUAAAUUGGCAGCGGUUAGUCGGUGCUUCAGAGCGGAAGCUUCUAAUAAUGUUGAAGAAGCUGGAAUUUAUAGAGUUCAUCAAUUUACAAAAGUAGAAAUGUUUGCUUGCACAUCAGAAGAUAAAUCUUCACAAUUCCUUGAAGAAUUGCUGGAGAUCCAAGAAAAUAUCUUCCAGGACCUAGGGCUUGGAUUCAAAACUAUUGAUAUGCCUUCCCAUGAGUUAGGAGCGCCAGCUUACAGGAAAAUUGAUAUUGAAGGCUGGUUACCUGGAAAAAACGUUUACGGUGAAUUGUCCAGUUGCAGCAACUGUACAGACUUCCAAUCCCGACGUCUGAACAUUAAGUACAAAGCUAAUAAUAAUAAUGAAGCUAAGUACGUGCAUACUCUUAAUGGAACCGCUUGCGCGGUUCCAAGAACUCUGAUUGCCAUCUGUGAGACUCAUCAACUAAAAAAUGGGAACAUUGAAGUUCCUGAAGUUCUGGUGCCGUUUAUGAACGGAAAAAAAAUUAUUGAAACACAAAAUGUCGGAGAAAUGAGGACGUAUAAGUUUAAAAACAGAUAA